CAUCAUCCUCAUCCUCAUCCCACAUCCCCAUCACCAUCAUCAACAUCAUCGUCAUAGCGCAAGACUUAAAUUUUGUAUCCGAUCAACUCCAUCUACCGAUCGUCAGAUCGUGCCACUUACCCGAUCUCUGCAUAAUUACUCAUAAAACACAUUUACUCACAUCCCACCUCCCCCCACACUCCCGUAACCAAUCUUCUCCCGUAUACUUUUGCAACUCCACAAAUCCCUCCUAAUCAUGACAACAUCUGUAUCACCACCAUCACCAUCACUCUCUCCCCUUCCACUCCCCUCCGGCAUAACCUUCCGCUUCAUAACCACUCCCUCCCUAACAACCCACAUCCUCGAAGCUGGUCACCCACCAAAUAAUAACAACAACAACCAUGACCGCCCCCUAAUAAUCCUUCUCCACGGGUUCCCGGAAAUCGCCUUCUCCUGGCGGAAAGUCAUCCCCCGUCUCGCCGCCGCCGGCUACCAUGUCGUGGCCCCCGACCAGCGGGGCUUCGGUCGCACGUGCGGUUGGGACACCCGCCCCUACGCCGAGGCGGACCUGCAUACGUUCACCGUCUCCGCCCUCGUCCGCGAUGUCGUCCUCCUCGUGUAUGCACUGGGGUACACCUCCGUCCACUGCGUGGUCGGGCACGAUUGCGGCGCCGUGACCGCCGCCAUGUGCGCCGUGGCCCGGCCGGAUCUCUUCCGUAGCGUUGUGCUGCUCAGCCAUCCUUUCAAUGGCAUGCCGGCGCCAGCGAGUGCUGUUGCUACAUCUGUGGAUGGUCAGCAGCAGCAGCAGCAGCAGCAGCAGCAGCCGCCAGCUGGCUCUGCUGUCCCCCGAACCUCGACAGGCGACGGUCCCGUAUCCAGCGCAGGAGACGACGUGCACUCUGCCCUACUGGAUCUGGGCCGCAAGCACUAUAAAUGGUACUACUCGACUCCGUCUGCCAGCGCUGAAAUGCUCCACCCUCCCGGAGCGGAAGGGCUUCAUGGCUUCUUGCGGGGGUAUUUCCACCUCAAGAGUGGUCGCUGGAAAGGGAAUGAGCCACGCACGUUGACCGGCUGGACCGCCGACGAGCUCGCCAAAAUGCCGUACUACUAUGUCAUGCCAGCGGACGCGACGAUGCCUGAGGCGGUAGAGCUACACAUGCGCAAGGAGUCUGAGGAAGGGUUGCGGGCCUCUCGGGAGUGGCUGCCCGAUGAGGAUCUCGCGGUGUACGUGAGGGAAUACCAGCGGACAGGGUUUCAGGGGGCUUUGAACUGGUACCGGGUGCAGACAUCCAAAGGGAGGCAGUACACCUGGGACGCGGAGGUGUUCAUGGGGCGAAAGGUCGACCUUCCCUGCACGUUUGUGUCAGGCAAGCUCGACUGGGGAAUCUACCAGCAGCCUGGCGCCUUGGAAAAGAUGGCAAAUGGAGAAGUGUGCAGUGACUUUCGCGAGAUGCGAUUGAUUGACGGCGUGGGACAUUGGGCGCCUCAGGAGAGUCCAGAGGAGGUAGUCCAGGCGAUUUUGAGCCUAGUCGGUAGUCUAUAAGUACUCGGUAGGGUACCGUAGAGUAGAAAUAUCUGACAUGAUGCGGCCCGUUCUCCUUCGAAAGCCGGCCUAAGGCGAACCACGUGCAUCCUGGUCUGCCUUGGCAAUUGCACCCUCGGCUAGUCGGACAAGCUCGGUGGUGAAAGUAUUCAGAAAGUGCCCGUGGAAGAUAACACCAAGGGUAGGUGUUCGAACCGGGACUUUACGCAUCAAUUUAGGAACGCCCCGUAGAGUUUUCAUAAGACUGGAAUCUAGGGGGUUCUUGAGGAUAGCGCGAAACAGCGCUAGGACUGCAGUGACUGCGUAAAAAAUAACCACCCUGUCGAUUAUGGUCAGCAACCAUUCCCGUCUCGUGCAGAGACGCAGACACAGGCACUCACCAGAAACAUUCUCCUGCCAGAACAGGCAUCGCGACCUCGAGGAAUGAAAGCGUCGACUUAUUGACAUUCGUGAUCAGCAUGGCACUAGAG